AUGAUCGCUGCUCAGGCAAAGCUGGUCUACCAGCUCAACAAAUACUACAACGAGCGGUGCCAGGCACGCAAGGCGGCUAUCGCCAAGACAAUCCGCGAGGUGUGUAAGGUCGUCUCGGACGUCCUGAAGGAGGUGGAGGUACAGGAGCCGCGCUUCAUCAGCUCUCUGAGUGAGAUUGACGCACGCUACGAGGGCCUCGAGGUAAUCUCGCCUCAUGAGUUCGAGGUGGUGCUCUACCUCAACCAGAUGGGCGUCUUUAAUUUUGUGGACGAUGGCUCGUUGCCAGGCUGCGCCGUCCUGAAGCUCAGCGACGGCCGCAAGCGCAGCAUGUCCCUCUGGGUCGAGUUUAUAACCGCCUCGGGGUAUCUGUCAGCACGAAAGAUUCGAUCGAGGUUCCAGACUCUGGUGGCGCAGGCGGUGGACAAGUGCAGCUACCGCGACUCGGUCAAGAUGGUGGCCGACACGAGCGAGGUGAAGCUGCGGAUUCGAGAGCGUUACGUGGUGCAGAUCACUCCUGCUUUUAAAUGCACCGGGAUCUGGCCCCGCAGUGCUGCUCAGUGGCCUCCACCGCACAUCCCGUGGCCCGGACCGAACCGGGUCGCCGAGGUCAAAGCUGAAGGAUUUAAUCUUCUCUCGAAAGAAUGCUACACAUUAGCGGGGAAACAAAGCUCAGCCGAGAGUGACGCCUGGGUCCUGCAGUUCGCAGAGGCAGAGAACCGGCUGCUGAUGUCCGGCUGCAGAAAGAAGUGCCUGUCCAUUUUAAAAACGCUCCGCGACAGGCACUUGGAGCUGCCGGGGCAACCGCUCAACGGCUACCACAUGAAGACUCUGCUGUUGUACGAAUGUGAGAAACACCCGCGCGAGAGCGACUGGGACGAAGCGAGCCUCGGCGAUCGCAUCAACGGCGUCCUGCUGCAGCUCGUCUCCUGUCUGCAGUGCCGUCGGUGUCCUCACUACUUCCUCCCCAACCUCGAUUUAUUUCAGGGCAAAGCGACGUCAGCCCUCGAGGCGGCCGCCAAGCAGACCUGGAGACUGGCGAGAGAGAUCCUGACCAACGCUAAGAGCCUGGACAAACUCUGAACUCUAAAAAUAAAUGAACUCAAUUAACUCAAAACAAAAGACUUUGAGAACAGCAGAAGGGAAAAAAAAAAAAACAGAUCUGCAACCACGCCUGGACAAACUCAACCAACAAACAAGACCUGGAGACUCACAAGAGAAAUUCUGAGCGGUGACAAAAGCCAGGACUGACUCGAAAAAAAACAAAAAAUACGCAGAGUCACCAAACUCAAACAAUUUACAAAAACACAAACAGGGAAAAUAGAGACUCGUGAGCUACUUUCAGCCUGAACAUACUCUGGAAGGAAAAGGAAAAAAGCGUGAAGAAAUCUGCAGGAACCUGGAACAGCUUUCAGCUGAAAACCUACAACUGAGGAGACUUUCCGAAAGAAAUCCUGGACAAAAAACACACAAUAAAUAAUCUAAUAACGAGGCAUGUUGAAGACCACAUCGCUUUACAGCUUCAGAAAGACUUUUUUUUUUUUUCUUCCCCCACCAGGACAUUUUAUUACAGCAAGGAGAAUAAAUCCUAAACCUACAUCUCAAUGCCAUGCCAUGAUUUUACUCUUCAUCCUUUCAACUGACAAACAGCUUGGAAAAAACUGUAAAAUAAUAAUAAUUAAAAAAAGAAAAAAAAAACAAUGAAGAUUUGUAAAGAGAACCUACAUGGGCAUACGAACACUCCAGACUUUUAUUUACACUGAAAGUGGACUUAUAAUGGAGUCGAGCGAAGAGAAACGUUUCAGCUGAGAUGCAAAUGGGACAUUUUGAGAGGAAAAAAAAAAUAAACGUGAAGGUACAUUUUAACGUCAUAAUGUCUGUUUAAAU